AUGGACAGCAGAGGACGCAGAGGAACCGAUGGGUCAGUGAAACGCUCGUCCAUCAAGCGCAGCGUGUCUUCUGGAUCCCAGAGGGUUCACAGAGCGUGGAUCGAGAGAACCUUCCAGAAGAGAGAAUGCAUCCAGAUCAUUCCCAGCAAAGAUGCCAGUAAAGUGGAUGUCUUCUUUCUGCUGUGUAGGUGCAGCUGUGGCCAGCUGGUGGCGCAGCACCCUCCCAUCCCUGCAGGGGCAGUGGAGGAGACGGGCCAGCUGGUUCAGUUGGAUGUCCAGCCUGCAGAGAGAUGGAGCAUCCUGAAACACACCCAGACCUUUUCCACUGACGCCUAUGGAGUCCUGGAGUUCCAGGGGGGAGGACACGUCAACAAGGCCAUGUACAUCAGGGUCUCCUAUGACUCCAAGCCAGACUCUCUGCUCCACCUGAUGGUGAAGGAGUGGCAGCUGGAGCUGCCUACGCUGCUCAUCUCCGUCCAUGGAGGGCUGCAGAACUUUGACCUGCCCCCCAAACUGAAGCAGGUCUUUGGGAGGGGGCUGAUCAAGGCCGCAGUCACCACUGGAGCCUGGAUCUUCACAGGAGGAGUCAGCACAGGGGUGAUUCGACAUGUUGGAGACGCUCUCAAAGACCAUUCAUCCAAGUCCAGAGGAAAGGUCUGUGCCAUCGGCAUCGCACCCUGGGGAAUUGUCGAAAACAAAGAGGACCUGAUUGGGAAAGAUGUGACUCGCCCGUACCAGACCAUGUCCAACCCGCUCAGUAAGCUGUCAGUCCUGAACAGCAGCCACUCUCACUUCAUCCUAUCCGACAAUGGCACCACCGGCAAAUAUGGAGCUGAGGUCCGCCUCCGCCGGCAGCUGGAGAAACAUGUCUCCCUGCAGAAGAUCAACACAC